AUGUCGAGCGCAGCAAAGAAGGAAGCAAUCCUUCGUCAAUUCCGACAACUCACCAAUGCCACCCCACAAGAUGCUAACCGAAUCCUGAAAGCGCACGGCUACCGGAUCGAGCCGGCCACCGAUGCAUUCUUCAAUAACGAGCAAGCUCAAAUUAACGCCUCGAUUUCCUCGAGUACAUUGGACAGAAAGAGCGAGCGAGAGGUAAAGGAGCGUCUCAAUGCCCUCUUUGACCGUUUUCGAGACGCGGGUGCCGACAGCGACGAGGAAGAUGACGAAGCGUCGCAACCAGAAGAUCGCGAUCUGAUCAGUAUAGGUGGGGCACUCAAGAUGUGCGAAGCGCUCGAGGUUAGUCCGGAAGACGUGGUGUUCCUACCACUUAGCUACUACCUCAAAUCGGCUUCGAUGGGCACAUUUACGCGAGAGGGUUACAUCAAUGGUUGGAAGAUGCUCGACCUUUCAGAUACCAUCGACAAGCAGAAGAAGACUCUGGAGAAACUUCGACAGGAGCUGCUGGACAACAAACCACUGCGAUUGGAGAGGAUCGCUCAAGAAAAAAGCAAUCCUGCUACUGCAUCCGGUGCCAACAAAGGGCUGUAUGAAAAGGUAUACGAGUACACCUAUGCUUUUGCCCGAAGAGAAGGACAGAAGAGUUUGGCGUUGGAAAACGCUCUUGCGUUCUGGGAUCUGGUGCUCCCCGCUUCGCCGACAUUUCAGAGGGCAGGAAGCCAGGGUACUUUCACACAAGCGCAAUUGGACCUGUGGAAGAGGUUCUUGAGCGAACAAACGCGUGGUAGAGCGGUGAGCAAGGACACAUGGAUGCAAUUCUUAGAUUUUACCAAGGAGAUCAACAGUGAUUUCAGCAAUCACGACUUUGAUGCUGCCUGGCCGUCCAUCAUUGACGACUUUGUGCUUUGGGUUAGAGACAACAUGCCCGCUUCGGACGGUAUGGAUACCAGCUGA